ACAACUGUUUAUACUGUACUCUCUUAAAGAGAGGUUUUUCUUUUCUUUUUUUUUUUUUCAAAAAAAACGAAGAUUAGUCUUUAUUCAAGCAAUCAGUGAUGUGACAGUGAUGUUGUAGUUAAGAACUAAUGCACCAAGGAUGAUAAUUCUUAAUUUGGUACUCUCAAUUCGUACCGAGUGGCUUUUCUUGAUCGGUGAAGAAGUCGAUAUCCAUGUCUGCAGCAGCGGCAUUGCACACUUCCCUCUGCAUCAAAUCUCAGAAGCCAUCUUCUUCUCCAACAAAUUCCCAGCAGCCGAAUACCCUCCUAGCCCCAAAACCCAGAAGCCUCCUCCAUAAGCACCCUCUUUACUCCUCCACCCAUGGAAAUCUCUCCUUCGAAUUCAAAGAGAAAAUCAUCUGCCUUGAGAUCAUGGGUGUCGAUUCAGGGAAGGCACUGUCUCUCAAUCCCUCCCUCCACACGGCCACCCUUCACACCAUCCACUCCAUAAUUUCCUUCCUCCAAUCCAAAGGCAUUCAACAAAAGGACUUACCUAAAAUCCUUGGCAUGUGUCCCCAAAUCCUCACUGCCAACAUCAAAACAGACCUUGUCCCAGUUUUCAAUUUCCUCUCUAUUGACCUCAAAGUCCCAGAAAACAACUUCAGAAAGGUCAUCAACAAGUGUCCCAGAUUGCUUACUUCUAGUGUGAGAGACCAACUCAAACCUGCUUUGUUCUAUCUUCAAAGACUAGGGAUUAAAGAUCUUGAUGCUCUGGCUUAUCAAGACACCGUGUUGUUGGUUUCCAAUGUAGAGCAUACUUUGAUACCCAAAUUGAAGUUCUUGGAGAGCAUUGGGUUUUUAGGUGCUGAGGCCAAGGGUAUGGUGUGGAGGUGUCCAGCAUUGUUCACUUAUAGUAUUGAGAAUAACUUCAAGCCAAAGUUUCAAUAUUUUAGUGAGGAGAUGAAAGGGAACUUGGAGGAGUUGAAGGAGUUCCCUCAGUUCUUUGCUUUUAGUUUGGAGAAAAGGAUAAAGCCUAGGCACCUUGAGGUCAUGAAAAGUGGGAUCUAUUUGCCUCUGGGUCUCAUGCUCAAGAGCACUGAUGAAGAGUUUAAGAAGUUGUUGAGUCAGGGGAAUAUCAGGUGAUUCAUCACUAAUAUUUGGAUACCAGAUGUAUGUAAGUUUCAUUUUAGACCUCCUG